UCCCGCGAGGAGCAGCAGCAACAGCAGCAGCAGCCGCGGCGGGAGAAGCGGCCCCGGCACCCUCGGCGGCUGGCGGGGCGGCAGGAGCAGCGCGGCGGCCGCUUUCCCGCCGCCAUGGCCGGAAACAGCGGGGGCGGCGGCGCCGAAGGCCGUUGCAUCGUGAUUGGAGAUGAUGAACAAGGGUACGACCUGGAUUUGUUCUGCAUCCCCAAACAUUACGCAGAAGAUUUGGAAAAAGUCUACAUUCCUCACGGACUAAUCUUGGACAGGACGGAGAGGUUAGCCCGGGAAAUUAUGAAAGCCAUGGGGGGCCACCACAUUGUGGCUCUCUGCGUGCUGAAGGGAGGCUACAAAUUUUUUGCCGAUUUACUGGAUUAUAUCAAAGCUCUGAAUCGGAACAGCGACAAAUCCAUUCCGAUGACCGUCGACUUCAUCCGCCUGAAGAGCUACUGUAAUGACCAGUCAACCGGCGAUAUAAAAGUAAUUGGCGGGGAUGACUUAUCAACCUUGACUGGGAAGAAUGUCUUGAUUGUAGAAGACAUCAUCGACACAGGGAAGACAAUGCAGACUCUCCUGUCUCUGCUCCAGCAGUACAAUCCAAAGAUGGUCAAAGUAGCAAGCUUGUUGGUGAAAAGGACACCCCGAAGUGUAGGAUACCGGCCUGAUUUCGUUGGUUUUGAAGUGCCGGACAAGUUUGUGGUUGGAUAUGCUCUAGAUUAUAACGAAUACUUCAGAGAUUUGAAUCACAUCUGCGUGAUCAGCGAGACCGGGAAGGAGAAGUACAAGGCGUGAUCCCGGACGGUGUCUUCAGAAGCGCAGCGAGACCGUGAAGCUGACCUCUGGCGGCCCCCCCCCCCCUCUCUCUCUCUCCCUCUCUGCCUCUCGGCCCAAAACGGCAGCUUCGGAUUGUGGAGUGGUUCCCCCUGCGCUUCUCUCGUCGUAGCCUCUUGCUUUAUAACUUAUUGCAUGUACCGCAUGGGAGAAUCGUCUUGAUCCUUUGCAUCUGGGAAGUCAAAAAAGGAGAUUUCCGCUUUCCCCCCCUUUUUUUUUUUAAAUUUGCACUAUGCGUCUCCUCCUCCUAGCCAGUCCCUCCUUUGAG